GCCAAUCUUGUUUCCAAACCCGUUCGAACAACAAUGUCUGCUAAAUUAAUUUAUGUGUCCAGUAUAAUCUAUCUCUGUAUCGCUACAUGCUAUGGAGCCAUCCCAGAUCCUCCUAUAGAGGUAGAAAUAACUACAGAUGGUAAACUGGACAACAGAAUUGACUCACGAGGUCCUUUUGAAAGUAUGCUUAAAUCGACUGAUAAAUCUCAUCAAACAUUCUGUCCCGAAGUUUGUCAAAAUAGUUACUGCAAGAACUUAGUUGGAGUGAGUAAAGACAAAUCUUGUCCGAUCAAAAGGCUACCAGAAAGGGGAGAGCGAACUGCUAAAAAUUGUAGGGAAAUUUUUGAAACAGGGAAUAAUGUCUCAGGUAUAUAUGAAAUAUUACCUCACAACAAAUCCAAGCCCAUUAUGGUCCUUUGUGAUAUGGAGCUGCAAGGUGGUGGUUGGACCCACAUUCAAAACAGAUUUGAUGGAUCCGAAGAUUUCUACAGAACUUGGCGCGAUUACAAAUUCGGGUUUGGAAACUUGGAAGGUGAAUUUUGGAUUGGACUUGAAAUAAUUUACUAUCUCACAGCAUUUGAGGAUAUGGAGCUCUUGGUAGAACUAACAGACAAAAACGAUGUAAAGUACUAUGCGAAUUAUGGACGGUUUUCGAUUGGACCAGAACUAGAUGGUUACAUUUUAAAAGCUGCAUCACCUUAUAGUGGCACUGCAGGAGAUAAUAUGGACUAUCAUUUGGGGCAAAAGUUUACCACCAAGGAUCUGGAUCAGGACAAAUGGCCUCAGGAUAAUUGUGCAAACUUUUCAAUGGGUGGUUGGUGGUAUAACAAUUGUUAUGCCAGCAAUCCUAAUGGACAACAUCGAAAUAUGAAACACUUCGAGGAAAUAAAGCGAAAAGGUAUGAACUGGGACAAAAUUUCAUCUCCAGAUGGAUACUUUUUAUAUGGAACUCGAAUGUUAGUAAGACCAAAACACUAGAAACAUAUAGUUUUUUAGGCAGCAAUGGACUGAAAAUAAGUAAUGUUAAUUUACCAAGUAACGUUAAGUUAAUGUAAAAUGAAAAUCUGUAUUUUAAUAAAUUUAAAUUUUGAAAUA